AUGUCCCUGGCUGAGCGGCGGCGGCGGGAGGAGGAGGAGGAGGGGGAAGGUGAAGAAGGAGAUGGGGCCGGUGCGGGGGAGGAGGUGGUGCAGAUCCGUCUGGGGGACAAGUGCUACCCCGUGUGCAAGAGGAAGCUGAUCGAGCAGAGUGACUACUUCCGAGCCCUGUACCGCUCGGGCAUGCGGGAGGCAGGGCAGGGCCAGGAGGAACAGCUGCUUCGCGGCGGGCUGAGCGCGCUGGGACUGGAGCUGGUGCUGGACUUCAUCAACACUUCCUGCCUGGACAGGCUGGAGCAGGAGGAGGGGGGCGAUGAGGAGCCGCCGCUACUGGAAGAACUGGUGGAGGCUGCUUCCUACCUGCAGGUUACCCCUUUGCUCCGCCUCCUCCUCUCCCAGGUGAGGCUGGGCAACUGCUUCGAGCUGCACCGCCUGGCUCAGGUCUAUGGCCUCCAGGACUUGCAUGAUGCCUGUCUGGACUUCAUGGCCACCCAUUACCAUCAAGUGCUGCAGAGGCCCGAUGCCCAGCCACACCUUCUCCUGCCCCAUGCGCUCCAGCAGCACUUGAAGGAGAGGCGGAUGAGGGGCACCGCCACUCUUGUGGCCAUCGGGGACUUUGUGGGUGCCUCUCCCCUAGGCCUGCCUCCAGCCUGUGACCCUCAGGUGGAAGCUCCAUGGUCUAUGCUGAGGUAUGAUGAGGAAGCGGAGAGCUGGCUGCCUCUGGCCAACAGCCUGCCGCCAGAUCUGGUGAAUGUCCGAGGCUACGGCUCUGCGAUGCUGGACAACUACCUAUUCAUUGUCGGGGGCUACAGGAUCACCAGCCAGGAGAUUUCGGCUGCCCAUUGUUACAACCCUUGCCUAAAUGAGUGGAGUCAGCUGGCUUCAAUGAACCAGAAGAGGUCCAAUUUUAAGCUUGUGGCUGUGAACGGAAAGCUCUAUGCCAUCGGUGGUCAAUCCCUUUCCAAUGUGGAGUGCUAUAACCCAGAAAAUGACUGGUGGAAUUUCGUAGCAUCAAUGCCAAACCCUCUUGCAGAAUUCUCAGCUUGUGAAUGCAAGGGCAAGAUCUACGUUAUUGGAGGAUACACUACACGAGAUAGGAAUAUGAACAUUUUGCAGUACUGUCCCACUUCUGAUUCCUGGACCAACUUUGAACUUUGUGAUGUCCAUGUUCGCAAACAACAAAUGCUCUCUGUUGAAGAAACUAUAUAUCUGGUAGGGGGUUGUAUUCAUGAACUUGGACCCAACCAAAGAUCCAACCAAAGUGAGGAUAUGUUAACUGUACAGUCUUACAACAUUGCUACCAAAGAAUGGCUCUGCCUCAAAGAGAACAUGUUAAAAUCGGGUCUCAACUUGACUUGCACUCUCCACAACGAUGGAGUCUAUAUAUUGAGUAGGGAUAUUACUCUGUCCACAAGCUUGGAGCACCGUGUUUUUCUUAAGUAUAAUAUAUUUACGGACAGUUGGGAGUCACUAAGACGCUUUCCAGCCUUUGGACAAAAUAUGCUGAUCUGUUCUAUGUAUUUGCCUGUUGUGCAAGAAGUGUAACAGCAUCAGAUUUUUCUUUUCAGCUUAUUAAUCGUUCUUGGAAGAGAUAUUCCUCCCUCUAAAUAAUUCAAUUUUCAGAAUGUAAUAUGUUUGCAUAAUGUAGGCACAAAAUACUCACUGUGUUUUUUAAAAAAGUUGCAAAGUCCAAUGUUGAGAGAAAUACUUCCAGAGAGAGUUUUAUGAUUUCAGUUCAAAGAUAUAAUUUUUUCGGAUUAAAAUUUCACCAAGUAUUGUUUGCCAUUUAAACGUAAAAUCGUUGUGUUGGUAACUGAUAAAGGAAUUCCAAAGGCAAAACUGAUCAGUCUAGUUUUAUUCUCUGUCUUAAUAGACGGUAUAGAAGCUGAGCAAGAAAUAUACAUGGUAAAUGUGAAAAUAAAUCAAU